AGAUAAUAUGACACGAUAAAAUAAUAUAAAAAUUCAUAUAGUAUAGUGUCAUUCAUAAUGAAUGAGGCACACAACAUUUGCUUCCGUGAGGCGAUAUUCACCUCCGAUACCGCCGUAGUCGUGUAUUUUGCGCAGGCAUAUUUUGAGAACCCUAUUGGACCUUCGUCAAGCUGUUAAAGGACCUCAGGAUGUCCAUGCUCGCUGAGCCUCGUAGGAAGCUUAAGUGGUCUGUCGACCCCAGGAACAGCGCCUGGAGUAAUGAUGACUCCAAAUUUGGCCAGAAGAUGCUUGAGCGAAUGGGGUGGUCCAAGGGAAAGGGUCUGGGGAGGAGUGAGCAAGGCUCAACUGACCAUAUCAAAGUGAAAGUUAAAAAUGACAGCUAUGGGCUUGGAGCAAAUGCCAGCUGUGAGGAUAAGUGGAUUGCUCACCAAGAUGAUUUUAAUGAGCUGCUUGCUCAACUGAACAGCUGCCAUGGUCAAAACAGCAGCAGUGAAACUCCACCAAAUGAGCAGAAAGGCUUCAGUUUGGAAGAAAAAUCCAAGACAUCCAAAAAGAGGGUCCACUACAUGAAAUUCACUAAAGGAAAGGAUCUAUCCAGUCGUAGUGAAACAGAUCUUAACUGUAUCUUUGGGAAGAGGGCUAAAUCAGCAAAAGUCCAAGAUCAGGAGAGCAACAGCAGUGACUCGCAGGGUGAGGCGGAGGAUGGCGUGAAUCCUGAUCCUUCUGACCAGGACCCAGAAGCCAUCACUAAGACUGUCACGAGUACUCUCACUAUGCAGGAGUACUUUGCACAGCGUAUGGCUCAGCUGAAAAAGGCUCGUGGGGCCCAGAAUGCAGAUACUCCUGAGACAUCAAAUGCAUCUGAGGAAGUCGGUCUCAACCACAACAGCAAUGAUGAUACAGAAGAGCCCAAAAAGAAGAAGAAGAAGAAGAAAAAGGCUGCAGAAGAGCAGUGUAGCACACCCGCUGCAGUAGUGGACAAAGAGGAUCAAGAGAAAGAACGUUCAAAGAAAAAGAGAAAAAUGGCAGAAAGUGAAGAAGUAGUAAAUGAAAACUGUAGCUCCACCUGUAGCACUGAGUGUGAAGAAUUACAAACCAAGAAGAAAAAGCUUAAAAAACACAGUGAGCAAAGUGAGCUACUAAAUGGACACGAGCCCGCAGAGGAUGAAACGCUAGAUUUAAAUACAGUGCAGAAAAAGAAGAAGCGCAGAGAUGAGGUGGACAGUGUAGCAACAGAAGACGGGAAGGAAGAGCUGGUGGAAAAGAAAUCCAAAAAGAAAAAGAAAAGGAAGCAUCAAGAGCAGGGUUUACAUUAGGGCAGGGUGACUCAGUACUGCACUAUUCUCCUGACUCCUAAGGGGGUACUUGUAUUAUGAAAUUAAAUGCCUUGUAUAUACACACCAUAAUAAUCUGUUAAAGCAUCCAUUGAUGCUGGUUUUUUCUUCUUCUUAUUCUUUAGAUAGUGACUGUAGAAAAAACUGAUAGGGAGUGUUUGUCACUGGAAAAAACCUUGAAGCAGCCUAUAAAAAGCCUCAACCUUGCACUGGUGGCCUCUGGAACACACUGCUGUAGGAGGAGAUAGUAUGGACAUCUUGCUGACAGUGAGAUGAGAAUAAAAACACCACUAUCAUGGCUCAACAGGAAAUACAAACUAGGAAAAAGGUCUGGAGCUUCCCAUAAAACCCCCAACAUGUUUUACCACCAGUGUUCAAGUCAGAAGGGUACACCUGGACUAGCCAUUUUCCUGUUUCCAAUCUUUAGCAAAGUUAGCCUCAUAUUUACUGCUCAGAUAUUAAAGUGGGAUUAAAAAUGUAUUUAAUAUAUAGAGAGAAGUUGACAUGACUGUCGUCUAAUCCCUUUUUAAAAUAAAAAUAAUAUUUAGAUGAUACACGUGCUUCAUUCUAUGAAUUCUCUUGCCCAAUGAAUUAAAAUGAGUAGAAUCGCCCACAUUUCCUAUGAUAAAAAUGCAUUUUUUUGGAAAAUAUAAUUUUGUAUAUUACCAUCUUAUAUGUAAAUGCAUUACUAUUUGCCCAUUUUCACAGUGGUUUAUUUUUUUCCCACCACUUUUGAUGCCCCUUUAUUUUAUUAAAGUGACUCAGACAGCUUCUGUCAGCUUUACAAAAUGAAACGGAAACAUGUUUUCUCUUUGAUGUCACAUGGCUGAUGUACUUUGAUAAUGCUUUGGCAGAUAUAUGAAAGAAUUCUUGACUAUUGAGUUCUACAGAAGUUUUUUUUUUUUUUAAUAAAUCCAAAUG